AUGCCAGAGAUUGUCAGAUCGCCAAAUAAAUUUGUAAACGACAAUUUCGGUCCCUGUGCCGAGCUAGGUACGAUUGCCGUUGGCGAGUUCUGGUGCGUUCGUGCAUGCUCAACACAUUUUAUUGACGUCGAUCCUCCGCUGGGCCCAUUGCCUAACCCCCUGCCAAUGGGCUCACUGGAUCUACCCAAGCAACUGCUCACGGCCCGCGAAUAUGAACUUACUCAGAACUAUGAUGCCAUUGCUCUUCUGCGCAUGCUGCCGUUCCUCCGGAGAGCUGCAAUUGCUCAGUACGCAGUCAACUGCGUUACGGAGCUGAUGUGGGAUGAGGCCAUUGAACGAGCAAAAUAUCUCGAUUCCCUCCCACUACCCAUUGGGCCUUUACAUGGACUUCCUAUUUCCGUCAAGGAGCACCAUGGGAUGAAGGGUAAAAAAUGUAACGCCUCCACAGUUAGCUGGAUUGAUUAUCCUUCAACAGACGGACUUCUGAAUGAUGCGCUUUAUAACGCUGGCUGUGUUUUCCAUGUUCGUACUACCGGUCCUCAACUCCUGAUGCAUUUGGAAUGCACUAGCAAUAUAUAUGGCCGGACUGUCAAUGCACAUAACCGUAAUCUCACUUCCGGUGGUAGAAGCGGUGGCGAAGGGGCCCUGGUUGCAAUGCGGGGAAGUGUUUUGGGUGUGGGUGGAGAUAUUGGUGGCAGCAUCCGAUGUCCGGCGAGCAACAACGGCGUAUAUGGAUUUAAGCCGACCUGCACACGGAUCUUGGGAACUGGCAAGAAGAUUGUAAUGGACGGCUGCGAGACUAUCUUAGGGACUUACGGACCACUUUGCACUAGCAGGGCAGCGAUAAGUCUCUUCAUGGAAUCUCCCGUCACAUUAACGAAACCGCUGAAGAUUGCUGUUGAAUGGGAUGACGGUGUCGUUAAACCACAUCCGCCAGUUCUCCGUGCACCCAGAAAGGUGGCGGAUGCGUGUCGGAAGGCUGGCAUGGAGGUUGUCGAUUGGGUGCCGCUUGAUCACUCCAGGGCUUGGGAUAUUAUUUCCGCUCUGUAUUUCACAGACGGAGGGGAAGAUGCUAUUGAGUCCCUGAAGGCAUCUGGAGAACCAAUCCUGCCUUUGUCCAAAUUCAUUAUUCAUGAACAACCCGCGGUCAAAACCGCAUACACUGGCAGAACUUUGGAAGGGUUCGUCCUCACAAAACCAUUUCAACUCUGCAUUAGGCGCGACGAUUACCGCGCAACAUAUGCUAAGCACUGGUCAGCAACGGCCACUUCUCCCACCGGAGAGGUCGAUUUAAUUCUGUGCCCAGCCACCCCGGGAUGUGCACCACCGCACGAGACUUCCCGCUAUUGGGGCUACACUGCACAUUGGAAUUUGCUCGACUACCCCGGCGUGGUCUUCCCUGUCACCACCGUCGAUCCAGCGGCAGACCUACGCGACGAGAACUACCAGCCCCGUAACGAGAAAGAUCUAUACAAUCAUGAUCUUUACACGGGUCCAGAGAGAUACGAACGUGCACCAGUUAGCUUGCAGCUUGUAGGAAGAGGAUUCUGCGAUGAGAAGGUUAUAGCGGGACUUGAGGCAAUCGAGAAGGUCAUGGGAAGAGAGGAAGAAAAGCAUUGA